GGCGACACAGAGAGACGACAUGUGGCGACCGGUUUUGGCGGCUGCAGGCACGCUGGUGGCGACCGCCCUGCUCUUUGGUGUUCCAGCGUCAGCUGCUUCCUUUACCGGGGAUGAAGAUGGAGCAUUCACUACUGGACUCGGGAUGGCCAUGCGUGCGUACCGUCAGUGCGAAGACUCGCAGGACGAGGUGGUGCGAUGCCUGAAGCUGAGGGCGUGGAGGGCGCUGGAGCGGGCCGCCAGCUGGCCGCAGAUCCGGCUGAUGGACGGCGUCUGGCUGGUGCACGUGGGCGACGAGGGUGACCGGGCCGUCGGAGAGGGUGGGGCGGCGGGCGGCGCGUCCGGCCACGACGUGGCGCGCGGCGGCGGCGGCGGCGGUGGCGGCGACGGUCCAGAGGGUGACGUGGACGAGCUGCUGCUGGAGUCCGCCGGCCACUUCCUCGGCUCGCACUCGCUGCAGAUCAGCGUGCCGCAGGUGCUCCGGGCGGCCGUCCGGGCAGCGGCGAACCUCACUGGCGACGACGGCCACCUCGCCAGCGGCGACAUCGUCGAAGGAGACGACCAGCAGACCGAGGAAGGGAGGAGGAGAAAUGGCUACAACAGGAAGCGGUACAGCAGCUUCAUGUUGAUGGCGAUGCUGAUGAAGGGCGGCCUGCUGGCCAUCGCCUACAAGGGCGUGGCCAUCCUAGCCGCCAAGGCGCUCCUCGUGGCCAAGAUCGCGUUGGUCAUCUCGACGCUGGUGGCGCUCAAGAAGCUGGUGGCCGGCGGCGGCGACGAGAAGGUCACCUACGAGAUCGUCAAGACGCCGCACGUGUCGCACGCUUUCGCACACUCCGGCGGAUACGACCACCCAGGCCACUACGACAGGAGCACUGGAGGCAGCGGGCCCUAUCGACGCAGCGUCGACUUGCCGUACCAUGCCUACCAGCCCAUUCCCUUGCAGCACCAAGAUGGCGCAGCUGCCGCAGCUUGAAUCUCUCGUGUUGAUAUUCUCUCUUACAAUUACUUCUUUAGACGAUCUUCAACCAUGCAUCCCGAAAAUAGGUCACCAGACGUACAUACCCGUAACACCAGCAAUUUGAAAAUAUUAGUCGAAAAAACGCUAUUAACGAAUGAUUUGCGUGAGAUAUAUUUUCCGUGUGGUAUAUACGACAGUGAGUAAUUGGGGUCGACUAGAGUUCACUGAAUUAGACAGAACAUUCAGGAAUUUCAAACUGAAACAUAUAAAUUACAAAUAAUCAAUUUGACUCCACGUAACUGUGGCACUAUACCCCUCGCUAACAAUUAAAUAUCUUAAGUGUGUGAUAAACUGAAAUACUGAUUCGAGAAUAUUUGGUUUUGUUAAUCUGUAUAUUUUCAGAUACACCUCUUUAGUAGUUUAUUGUAAGAUUAGCUAUAAACCAACCUUGCCCUAUUGUCCUGUAGGCCAUGAAUUACAAACCAGCAUUUCAUCUCGUUCUAAAUCACCUGAUAACUGAACAAUUCUCCACAAUCAAUUCCCUCUUUUUCCAGAGACACACGUAAGCUGGCCUCCAAUAUUUCCAAUCCGCAGAGCACCCAUGUACAAGACCUUCUUUUUUCAGUUUAUUCUUCCAGCUUUGAUCAGUGGACGCAUCUUGAAUUUAAAGUAUAUUAGUAUCCUUUAAUUACCUUGUUGAAAAAGUUUUGUGGCAACUAAUAUACAGAAACCAGAUGCUUUUCACCCUCGUUGUCACUCUGAUAUGCACUGUAACAUACAUAGUGCCGCGUAGCUUUUAAAAAGUUGUCACUGACUGAUUUUAUUAAGACGUCAUUCAACAGUUUUUAUUAGGCGGAUAGCCCUUCUGGUGUCUCACUUCUGCUCCAAUCCUUUAGCGACUCUUAGAAUUUCAAUAUUUUGAAACAACGUACACAAUAUAGGAUAGAUGUACGUCACAAAUCAAACAUGAGAAUUUCAAUAUCACUGAAAAUGUUUGUAGAUCCAACUAACCGCUCGUACUUUAUGAAUCAGUGUAGGAACAUUAAAAAUUCGUCUGUAAUAUCAUUAUAUAAGGAAAUCUUCUACAUACACCUGAAACAUUCAUUUAAACACACUGGCAAGACUAACUAGCUUACUCGGAGUCGACAGAAAUACUGAGAUUCCGUAACAAAUCUCGAACUAUAGCAAAAUGGAAAACCUGACAGCAAAUUGUGUUCUACAUAAUAGCAAGAAAUACUCAAAGUAGCCGACACAGUUGACGAUCAUGGUACGCUAUCAAGUUUCACAAUAGAAAGUUAUCACUGUGCAAUAGUAAUCGUUAACUCACUAGCUCUCUAGGAACUGCUUAGUCUGUCGUAUCACAGCAAACAGUCCCUAUUGUGUAUCCCCAUUUUUCUGGUAGAACGCAGAAUUUUUCGAGUCUCUAUUCAUCCGCUAUGUAAACUUAUAUUUUCAUUCGUACGCGACAAUAUCAUUAGCAGCGUAGAAACAGUGCUAUUUCAUUAGAAAACCUAUAAGAAAAUCGAUUCAGUGCUCUAUACUUCAAAGCUGUAAGUGUGCUACAUUUCUUUAUAAUUAUUGAAACAUAUUGUUAAAAUUAUUUUUGUAUAUACUUGUACUGACAUACAGUGUUAAGUUAUUUUGUUGUUGUUAAUCAUGUUAUUUAUUUUUAAUUUUAUUUUUAUUAUUUAUCCUCAUAUCGCU